GUUCAGAAUACCCGCUACGCUCGAACCACGCAUCGGGUGGCACCACUACGCGCAAUACGCGGCCAAGGGACGCCUUUGACCAGCGAUAAGUCUCCGGCAGGGAUCCAAGGGACAGGCAGGAGGCGCCGUCUCUCGGUAGCGUGCCCUCGACGUCCAGUUUCCGUUCUCCGGAUUAAUUAAUUCGGGAAUUUCGAAAAGACAAGAUGAAGACUAUUUUAUUGUUUCUGUCGAUCUCGUGGCUGGCCACGUGCCUGGCGACUCCGUUGGAGAAGCUCGACAAGAUCAGCGUCCUCGAGCAGCAGUCUGUGACGCUAACGGAUCGGGCCAAGUACGAGGAGGAGCUGCUUCGCAAGCUCAACUCCAAAUGCUCGCAGAACGACAUCAGUAGCUGCGUGAUGCUGAAGUUGGUCACCUACAUGAACAAGCUACUGAAGAAGGCGUCGAUCGAGCUGACCGACGACAUCGAGAUCAGAAAAACCAGCCAAGCGUCCGAGGAGGUGAUCACGUUCGAGGCUGGCAGAAGCAACGACGACGAGUCCGAGGUCCUCGACCUUGUCGCGAACAAGGUGUACGCGUUCAUCAAGUCCAGAAGUAUCAAAUGGAGGAUUCUGCCGGAGGAUGACGUAGUUGUUUCUGCUUCGGAGGAUGAGAACGGAUCGUUGAAUCUUGGCUUGUCUAUCGAGAGGGCGGACAAUGUUCCAGUUCAGGAUGGUCGUGGCAAGAAGAACAACAAUAUGGGCCCGUUGAUCGCUGCGGCGGUGCUAAAGAUCGGCCUGAUCGGCGGUUUGGCGUUCAAGGCGCUCGCGUUGCUCGUCGGCAAGGCGUUGCUUCUCUCUAAGAUCGCUCUCCUGCUAGCCGGUAUCAUCGGCCUGAAGAAGCUGUUCUCGCAACAGAAGCACGUGACGUACGAGGUGGUCGCCCAUCCCCAUCACAGUUCCAGCCACAUUUCGGAUCACGCGCACGCGGACAGCUAUUCCAGCGGCUGGGCCAGAAGUUUCCACGGCCAAGGGCCGAUCUCCGGGCAGGCAGACGCUCACGAUCUGGCGUACUCGGCGCACGCGAAGUGAGUCGAGGUGCCGGACCCGUGGAUUCGAAUUCGUGGUACCUGACCAUCUGUCUUCGCGUCUGUUACAACUCAUCAGGUCCACCGAUUCUUGCCAGCACCCUCUUGCCGUUUUAGAUUUAACGUCCGAUCCCUCUCUCUACCUGAUCCCCUUCCUCCCAUUCUAUCUCUUCGUGUCUUCCUUUAUUUCUACUCCUCGGUUUCUUCGACCUGCUCUUUCUUUCUUUCGCUCUUUCUUGCUUCACAGCGACGAUCUUUGUUUCUCGACCGUAGACAGACGUAGAUGGACGACGCGUGACAAAUUGAAUACCGACGCUUGACAAAUUGAACUUCGAACGAAGAGCCCGACUAUCGAACGGACUGCUCCGGAUGAUGACACGAUGACACAGUUCGCGUGAGUUUGUCGUUUCAUUCGACUCCGUGGCGACGAACUAGAUGAUGGUUCCGUUGGUGGUCGUGGAGUCGCAUUCUCACGAGCUGUUACGCGAGUCGAAUCACGAUCGGAGAUAACCGACGGACAAACGAGACGCUCCCAUUGACACGGAUAACUAUCGACGUACGAAAAUCGACUGCUGCAUGUCUGUAUAUCUCUCUCUUUCUCUCUCUUUCUCUUUCUGGGACUGUACUCUAUUUAUCGAGACUAAUUUAUGAUUAACUUAUUCUCCUGUCCCACCGUCACGGUGCGCAGAUUGUACAAUAAUGUUACUUUUAUGUUGUUUUUUUACUUGUAUAAAUAAAUAUUUAUUGUCUUUUUUUUUU